AUGUUCUUUAGCGACGCCAAACGUAAACAAGUCUUAAACUACGUUUUAGUAGCACUGCUCGCGAAUAAAUUUUUUAGCUUGAACGUCGGAGCACUCCGCGGCAAAGGCGAAGCGAAAACUAAUACGAAUGUUGCGCGCUCUUUUCGCAUUUAUGCCACAAAUUUGAAAUGCGAGCACACAGCACCACAUGUUAUAGAAUUCUUCGAAUGUCAGCUCACCUGGCGCAAUAAUCGUUCAUACAGUUCGGGUUCGCUGGUGCUACGAAAACCUAUCAGCAAGUUGAAAGCUGACCUUGUGCUCGAUAUUUAUCAGGCGAAUGGGCGACUAGUGAAUGUUUUCAACAAAACGGUUGAUUGUUGUGCCGUUUUGUCCACUGGGAAACAUGGCUUGAAGAUAUUUGAUACUUUUCUAAAUGUAAUGUUCGCUACAGUCAAUGAGAGACCCACUUGUCCUUUGAAAGCGCAUUUUAAUUACACCAUUACCGAUUUCAAUGUGGCUGAAUCCUUUUUGCCUGCUUAUACACCGAAGACGAAAUUUCGCAGCGGUCUUUAUUUGAGCACGUCGGGACGACGAUCUGCCCGGGUCGUUGUGUUGGGAAAGGUGAUGAAUUCAGUUUAA